CGAAAGACAUGCGAUGUUCGGAACGGUUCAGUCUUCAUAGAUAUCACCGCACGGACGACAUCGUAGUGUGUUUAUGUAUUUAUUGUGAACUACCAGAAAUAAUUCAGUGAAGCUAUUCAUUUCGCUGUUACCUUCAUUCGGAUCUCAAAGAAAUAUCUAUAUGAUCGAACAGGUGGUGCACCAUUUCAAAUCAUUAAAUUGUUAACUGUGAUCUCGAGAUUCGUAAUCCUACCGUUUCUUCUUUCUCGCGAUCAUUGCGAACAGCCGGUUGACCGCGAUAUAUUCCCUCCCUUGUCGGUUCUUUUUAAUUAUUUUUAAAUACCGAGAAUUGUAGAAAUGACGCGUGAACAUCGAGUUUCUUUAAUUUAGCAGCAGUGUUUGUGACGUUACGGAUAUCGUCCUGAAGGGAUCCUACCUUGGAAAUAGAACAAUGGAGGAGGUGUCCACCGAAAAUGCCAAGGUGUCGGAUUCCGGAUAUUCCAACACCUGCAGCAAUAGUCAGUCGCAACGGAGCAGUGGCAGCUCGUUAUCAAGGAACAGCAAUCGAUCCGAGAGCAGUGGCUAUUGCGGCAGACGUCCCUCGACAUUUGGAUCCAGCAAUGGAGCCCUGCCGCAGCCGAUCAGCAAAAGAAAGGACAAGGAGCACAAGAAGAAAAAGUCGAAGAUUUUGGCUGUCAGCGUGGAGGUGGACAUUGGCUUGAAAAGCGGCAGCACGCCGCCGGAGACUGUGCCCUAUAAUGUCGUUGUGCCAUCGAAAACAAUACUCGAGAAGAAACCAGAAGUAACCACCGUAGAAUUGGUGGAUGCCACGGACCCUGGCGAGCACAACGGGGAUACUGUCUCUGAUCCGGAAGCAGGGAUUGCUUCGCGAACGAAUCCGCUGGACGAUUCCACCUCUCAAGCCAACGAGGGAUUUUGCGCGGUGAUCUCGAUGCACGACGGCCUCGUGUUGUACACAACUCCCUCGAUAUGCACAGCUCUAGGAUAUCCGAAGGACGCGUGGAUCGGUCGAUCCUUUAUCGAUUACGUCCACCCUAAGGACAAGGGAACGUUCGCCGAUCAGAUCAGCAGCGGAAUCGUCUCGCCGCACGAGGACAGGCCGAAAGCAGGCAUCAACGGCAGACGAGCGAGCUUGUUCUGCGGACUGAGAAAGUAUUCGAGAUCCAUGGUCCACCAGGCGAUCGGCCAUCACUCGGAGGCUAGAUCGAACUUGUACCUUCCGUUCCACUUGACGUUAUCGUUCCGGGACUUUCGGGACCGGGCGACGGAGCAGCAACACAAAGCCAUGUUCCUGGUGGUUACUGCCCAACCAGUUCAUUCUGCAUAUAAAGCGCCAGAAGAAACGAUAAUAUCUUCGAUAUUCACGACCCGGCACACAGCGACGUGCUACCUAUCCCAUGUCGAUCCCGAUGUAGUCCAAUACUUUGGAUACCUACCACAGGAUAUGGUCGGCCGUUCGCUGUUUGACUUCUACCAUCCCGAGGAUCUGCCAUUCAUCAAAGACAUCUAUGAGACUGUGAUCAGGCUCGAAGGUGCCUCCUUCAGAUCGAAACCCUACAGGUUCGGAGUGCAGAACGGUGGCUACGUCGUCCUCGAAACCGAGUGGUCGUCCUUUAUCAAUCCCUGGACGAAAAAACUAGAGUUUGUCGUAGGUCAACACAGAGUACUGAAGGGCCCGGCGAAUUCCGAUAUAUUCCGCUUGCCGAGCGCCACCGAGUUCGGCCAGCUGGUCAACAUUAGCGAGGAGGUGAUCAAAGAGUCCAAGAUCAUACAAGGGGAAAUACGGGCGCUUCUCGACGAGAACAUCCAAAGAAAGUCAGAUAUAGCGGAGCUCGACGUGUCGAAAAGAUGCAAGGACCUCGCGUCCUUCAUGGAAAAUCUGCUCCAGGAGACGAGGGCACCCGGUCUUGGCAAAGAUGUGCUCGCUGCCGACGACAGGAGUUUUUCGGGAUCACGCAAUCCCUUGUUGCAGGAACACGACAGCGUGAUGCUCGGUGAGAUAUCGCCCCAUCACGAGUACUACGACAGUAAAUCAUCCACCGAGACGCCGCCGAGCUACAAUCAGCUCAACUACAAUGAGAAUAUCGAAAGAUUCUUUAAGAGCAAACCCCCGGUGACCACCAUGUACGGCAGCGACGAGGAGAACAUUAAUUCCAGCAACGACGAGGGUGAGAAGACCAGUCCGAACUCAGCAGCAAGGAAAUGCAUGUCGCCGAUUAACGGAAGCGGCGCGAGCGGCAGCGGUAGCGCCGAGAAUCUGAGCAGCGGGUCCAACAAUCAGACCAGUUCGGCGAGCAGAGGCAACACCUCGAACACCGCCAGCAACACCACCACCACCGAAAGCUUCAAGCCACCCACCCUGACCGAGUCGCUAUUGAAUCGUCACAACGAGGACAUGGAGAAACUGAUGAUGCAGAAGCAUCGGGAGCUCCGUUCCAGUAUCAAGAACAGCGACAAGCUGAAGGAUUCGCGGAUCAAGACCGAGAAAAUGUCCGGGGACCCGAACGCGCAUUUCAUCAAUCAGGGUCACGGGGUGAAGAGAACCGGAAGCCACAGCUGGGAGGGAGAUAGUUUUAAAAUCUCCAAGCACGAGGAAAUGUCGAGAACAAGUACCGCGGGUCAAUUCCCUACCAACGUCACUACGACGGUGGCAAGCAUGAGUCUCGAUCAAUCGACUGUUAUCCAAGCUGGUGGCAACAUAAACCUGUGGCAACCUUUGUCGGUGACCGUGCCGCCUCCGCCGCCUGCUCAGCCAAGCAACGUGCUACCAAACGCCAAUACACAAGCAAUACCCAGGAUACCAGUACUGCCGUCGAUGAUUCCGGUAUAUUAUGUUCCGGUCCCACAAACCAAGGACCAUCCGGUUUUAUCGCCGAUGCAGGAGAAGCAAAGCCCGCCCCAAUCCAUGCAACAGCCACAAAUCAAUCCUUACAUGUUCGUGCCAGUGUCGUACGUGACGACGACGAUGGCCGGAGUGAUUUGUCCUCCGGUGUUCGGUGGCCCGCCGCCAGCUGGCAUGAUGUACAGGCCUUUCGUGACCCCUGAACUGACGCCGGUUACGCGCGAAACUAACAACCAGUCUGUUGUUGACAAGUGUUUGGAACGGAAGCGACCGGCGAGUCAGGCGACCAGCGUCAAAGCGGAACCAGGCAGCACCAUGGCGAUGUCCGAGUCCUCGAAAAAGGUAUUAUCACCCGGCGAGCUGUUCUCGUCCUGCGUCAGCAUGGACGGCGGUUGCUCCAGCCUGGUAGACGCUCCGACGCCGGUCACUCAAAAGGUGCACAAGCAGAACGAUUACAACGUCGACGAAUCGAGCUCGUCGAGCUUCUACAGCAGUUUCCUGUACAAGAGCAGCGACAGCAGCUGCAACCCGGACCAGAAACCGACGGAGUACCUGCCCGAGGAGAACACGAAGCAGCAUCAAGGUAAGCGAAGAAAAGAGCCGCCCUGGCUCGAAGGUGUCCAGUUGACGCCAGAACUGAUAUACGAGUACCAAAUACACCCGAAGACACUGACCGAGGUGCUCCAAGCGGACAUGGACGCCUUAAAGAAUUUCAAUCAGCCUUUGUUGGUGAACGACCAGCUGGGCCAGCUCUAUUUGGACCUGGAGGUCGAGGGGUUCGAGACGAAGCUCGUCCUCGAGGACGGUAUCACAUCCAGCGGAAGCGACAGCGGGAGCAGCAACGGUAGCUGGACAGCGGGAACGAUGUCGCAGCAAAAGCAUGGGACCAGAAUGGUGAAGUACGGUAAACUCGUGAUGAUACACGAGGAGAACGCACCGUUGCCGCCAGCACCGCCGCCGCAAACCGUGCCGUGCCAGCAGUUAUAGGAACGAUGUUGCGACGACCAAUUCGCGACGAGACGCCGCGUUCAGGUUCGGAAGUGUCGCCUGCGAUGUCGCGCUACGAAUUUCUGUCUGGCGAUCCAAUUCGAGUUGGCCGCUGCGUGCGAUUCCAUUUGAACACUUCCCAUUAUCUCCACUGUUAUCGCCUCCGCAUCACUUAUAUCGAGGCAGAUCAAAUGCGCGCCGGCGCCUGUGCCGAGCGUGCACAACUUUGCGUUGUUCACCCCUUCGUUCCUCUUCGUUCUUAACGCUAAACCUCUACCGCUCUGAAUGACCGGCCAUUCUUCACUCGAGAAUUGCAAGAACAAUGGAGACUUCUAACUCACAAUAAAAAAAAGAAAAAGAAAACGGCACAAAGUCUAGGAAAAUUCCAUGUUAUCGCGUCUUUACGAGGCAACGCGAGUCGGUCGUUCUCAGGCAAGUUUAUCGUUAAGUAAAAUUUCAGUUGGUCGAUGAUCUAUGCGUUCGAUCACAUUCACCUUGCGCGUGCUUGCGAACCGCUCCGAGUCGAGGGAUCGGUCGGGCCGCGGCGUCGACGCGGCGUAUCGUGUAUUUAUAAACUAGCUGUCCGAAGCCGGAACGGCGAACGAGAGAAAUUCCACGCAGCUUUUGCAUCGCGGCCCGCCGCCGUCUACUCGUAGUUUUUGUCGUGCGAUUUUCUACUUUGAGAUUCUCCGUUCGCGAACGGAGCACGUACAAACGCAUUUGAACUGUCUCGCGUCGCGCUCUCCCUGUCAUCGAACUGUCAAUUCACGCAUCUAGAGAUAGGUAGUAGGCUAGCCAAUAAGAAACCGAGAAUCGUGCGCGAAAAUAGAAAUAGUCUGUUAAGACGUUUCAGUUCCUUUAUUCUCGUCGAAGCGAGACCGGCGACCGCGCCGGCGACACACGGGACAUUCUUCGAGACAGGCUCGACGAGAAUGCUGCUCGAGCCUGAGGACGAGCAGAACGAACGAGUAGAUUACCGAUCCCGCGGUUUACGAGGUUCCUUUGAUCUGGUCGACAUCGACGUCCGCGCGAUUGUCCCCCGCGUUUCAUUUCGAUGACACGUUCUUCCCGCGUAACGCGAUCAACGGGUCCUCCAUUGUCCGCGAAAAGCAUAUAAUAGGUAGUCCGCUGGGAAGUCCGUCGGCCGCGCAACGUUUUAGCGUAGACCUCAGGUAAACGAGCAUAGGGGACGAUGCAACUUUCAUUGCGAGCGAAAGAGCUCUGUAAAAUGUCGAUUCGUCGAAUCAGUUCGCAGCGUAUCGAGAAACUUGGAGUUUCGAACUUAUUUGUUGCUCGUGUUGUUCUUUCUUUUUAAUGUUUAUCAAAUUUAACGAAGAUCGAGAGAUAUUGUGUAAAGCGUGUAAAAACGGGCUCAAUGUUUUGCCAGUUUCCGCGGUAUUUGACGGCAUUCGUUUCGUUGAAACAAAUCGAAUUAUUGUAGAUCGAAAUGGGACCAAAAACGACGAGGUUGAUCAGCUUUGAACGCGCUCUGGGAUUACGAGCUCUGUCGAACGAUAUUUGUAAAUCGGUCGUAGCGGUUGUUAGCAUACGACGAGAGCAUAGUGUUGUAAAAAUGAAAGGGGUUGUUUCGCGUUUAUCGAGUCCUCUAGCAAGCCCUAGUCUGUUCGGAUCUGUUGGACGAAAGCGCGCGCGAUCUCGGCUCGAUUUAAUCGUCGCGUCCUCGAUGCUUCCACUGUGUAGCUGUCGUUCGAACGUUCGUCUAAACGCGAUCUUUGAUUUUCGUUUUCAUCGCGAAACAGAACUGAAGAGGUUACUCGGUGGAGAAAUGUCCUUGGAACCUCGAACGCCUAGCAUUUAUACGAUCGAGAAGUAUUUUCUAUACGAUCUGCUUGUACAGUGAACAUAUUUACGAUUGAUUAACAUUGUGUACAAGCGUCGGCCGGUUCGAAAGCUGCGAGUAAAUAUUUUGUAUAUCAGUGAACCGCGAACGAUCCUUCGGAACCUGGUCAGUUCGUCUCAAGUCGUUCGCCAUGUUUCUUGCAAUUAGGCAGGACGGACGGCGACAUAUCUAAUUUUAUAACUUCUACAAAGAUCAAGAUAUAUUAACGUACAAGGAUCAGAAAUAUUGCUUGAACCUUUACUCUUUUGUUCGACGUUCGCGUUUUGUCCAUUUACUCGCCUCUAAUCCGAGCAUAAAAUAGUAAAAGUAGAUUAGUAUUAAAUGAUCGAAGGGGCAUAAAAUAGCCUGUGUUAUCUCGUCUAAAUUCUUACGAACUGUCCGUUAUAUUCGUAAAUAGACUGCGAAUUUUAUACGCAUUUGUGUGACAAAAAUGUCGAACUAAAAUUUAAACCGAUGAAAGUUUUAAAAUAACUCAAGAACGUCUAUGUAUCAUUUUCAACUGACUUAGAUGUAGAAAAAAGAAAGAUAAAGAUCCGCAGUCUAUUUAUAAUGAUUUAUAAUAGGGAAGAGAGGCAAUUGGGUAGAAAAGUAAUGGAAAAAUGAAAGAGCAGAGAUCGAGCACUCUUUCUGCCUGUUGCUCAUUGGAACAGCUUGGUCUUUGACGAAAUUACGAAGUCGAAAGCGCUGGUUUUCAGAAGAUACUCGCGUAGAUCGGAACCGAGAAACGAAACUAUUUCUUCGUUCGAAAAUGGUGAUCUAGUCUGCAUAAAGUAGUUGCUGCAGCUCGGUUGAUGUUCAGAGAUUCGUGUAGAAACCGACGUUGUUUCGAGGAACGAUCGUGGAAGAACGGUGGACGGUGGAUAACUUCAUCGUUCCCCCGUUUCUACACGCAAUCUUAACACGACACAACGUGUGCCUCGGACUGACUAAGAGGCGGCAUCGUACUGGGUUAUCUUAGUUAAUUAAUUUUUCUAUCGCGACACGUCAUACGAGAUACAUAUAUAUUUAUAUAUAUUUAUAUAUAUUUUGGUACCUUUUUUCACGGGGGCCGAGUAAUGUAAAUACGAAAUAGAAAAUACAGCUUGUUUAGAACGAAAUUACCUCGACAAUUCGCUGGAAAACUAUUGCGGCUGCGUGUAUAAAUUUUGUACCGAGACGCGUUGUUUGCAAAAAGAAAUGAAAAAAAAAGAAAGAGAAAAUAUUUGGUCGCUUGUCCGACGAACUGCGAGUAUCGUCGUGACUAAUUAGACAUUCUUCAAGCAUAGCGUAUGAGUUGAGAAACGUACAGUGUCGAAAAGGAUACGCUUCGAGUUCGACGCAGAUACUUUUUGCAUUCCGACGGUGUUAACUUGCACUUGUUGUUUAUUUGUAGGCGUGUAAUAUUAUUGUUUAAACGAGAUCGAGCGGCGAGUUCAAGAAAAGUACCGUAUCGGCGUAAUGAGAAGACUAAUCGACUAUUUUCCUACAGAAUUUUUAUACUUUUUGAUAGAUUUUUAUACUUUGAUAGACAAGGUUCUACCGUAGAGACCUUAACGUUUUUUCAAUUAUCGAUUUUCGACAAUGUACCAAUCAACAGUACAGUAUAUUUAUUUAUACAGCAGCAUAUACAUAUAUUCCUUUAAAUUGUUGCGAACCAUUUACGUUGGAGCAUUUAUUUAAUGUGCAGAGUGUUCGUGUGUUGAUCACGAUCAACGAUUUCUCCACGCGCAUUUUGUAAUGAAAUUCGAAAUACGUUGUAUUUUUGCAUUGCCCUCCGAAACAUGUUGUUGUUACUCCAUGCGAACGAGUAUUAACAAUGUCGUUUAAUAGGUGAUAAUUAUUUUUAGCGUUGAAGUAGGGUCUACUAAAAUCGUUGUUGUCGACGUAUUGGAUUUAUAAUCACGAGUCUGAACUUCUGUACUCGUGUCACACAGGUGUCGACAAACUUGAUCCACGAGCUUCGAUUUGAUUUGCGACGAUCACGUUACGUUAGCACAAACAAUCUUUUGUGAUUUUCUUCCACAGCGAUCGUCGUAGCAGUUUUUUAUACGAUAACGCGCGAAUAAAUGAACACGUUCGCCGGUUUUCUACACGCGUAUUCGUUUAUGGUUGUUACCGUCUUGGAUCAACCGAGAAACCCGGUAAAGUGAAACGAGUGCCGAUAGUGGUAGUCGUGUGUUGUUACGCCAGGAUCUGGGGACGAUUGUUGUACAGAUAGAAACAAUGAAGUGAGUGAGAAUGCGACGGUAGCUGGAACCUUCUCGGUCCCGUCGUUUUUAUCGAAUAUGUAUCUGUAAUACUUCGCAGUAUUUCGAGGAACUUUUGUAAAAGUAAUAUAACGUAGCACUAAAGGAAUUAACGCGUACGCCUGACCGUGCUUGUUCUCGAUCCACUGAAUUUCGUGGAAGGUUCUCCGGAUGCUUGCCAACAGUAUAAUUGUUCGUACAAAAUAAUUGUUCAGCUGAUAUUCACGUUUGGCUAUGUUCGAGAGAAAUCGGUUUCACAAAGGGAUCGCCGAUCUUCCUGCAAAUUGCCGCUUCGACAGAUCGUUUUAUAAAAACCAAGGGUGCAACGGACGUUCGAUUUACCAUCUAGAAUAUUUUUUAUGUUGCAAUCGGUGCAAAGAAAGUGUGUUCGUUAACGCGGAUGUUUCCUCAUAUUUCAAAAAUAUGUAAAUAAAUGCACGCGAAGAUCCGCGAUCGUGCGUUCCUAUUUCUCCUUCGUUUUAGCGUACGACAUUGCUUAAAAAUUUAACGGGAUCGUUUGCACAUUGUAACAAGAAGUCCGGGACUUCUAAAUGAACAAAAGACAGCUUAAUUAACCAACGGUGAUAUCGAAAUAUUCGCAGCGAUGUUAAUUAAGUAUUUUGUACUACCAUUUUACUUUAUAUUAUCUUUUCCGACUCGCGUUUUAUCGUCCAUAGAGAUUCACUGGUUCGCGAGCCAAGUUUAUCGGCAUGAACGAUCACGAGCAAAGCGCCGAACCUUCCACGAGAUUUGUUGGUAAAUGGGCCCGAUGGUGGAGCGACGCCGUUGGGCCGUACGACGAGCGCCGCGCUUUCCGCAAACCGGCAUUUUAGAGGUACAAAAUCGUGCCGAACAGGUGAAAAUUCUAUCGCAGAGAAAUGUCUGUCGCAUCCGUGUCUUCUGACCGACGGAAACGAGGGACGCCCGUGCAGUUUGCCAGAUCUUUCAUAGUACAAAAUAUCAGAACAAUGUCCGAACCCGGGUCCGUAAUUCUUUCCAGCCAGAGGCACGGCGAACUUUGUCAGAAAACCAAUCCACGGCGGACACGCGCCGCUUUCCAGGCGAUUUCCAACGUUCAACAUUCGAAUCCCCCCCGUACUUGUGAAUCUGAUGCUCAAUAAUCAUUACCCGUUAGACAACCGUGGACUGCACGGGGUCUGUUUCCGCGGCCAAUCAAAGUGAUCUUAAGCUUACCUUGUCACGCGAGAAGCUGUAUUUGUAAAUGCGUAAUAAUAGCGAUAGCAAUAUACGAAGCAUUAUAGUGAUGUAAAAUCUGUUAUCCGCAUUCCUGUUCACCGAUCUCUGUACUUAUUUUUCGAACGGAUUCUCUUCGUUGUCCCUUUUCUACCAUCUCCCGCGACGCGGCCCGACGAGCGGGCCGCGCACGGUUAUCGGCUCAUACAACAUAUCGCAUGCGAUAGAGAGAAAAACAAAAAUAUAUUUUGGACGAAUAAAAUAUAUUCAAGAAUUUUCUGGCCCCCCCUCGUCACCCGUCGAUACCAUCCGACACACCCAGCUGCUACAAAAAAAAAAAAAGAAAAAAGAAAUUCAAACCUUUCUGUCGAAGCACCAAACAAAAGCUUAUCGCACCGGUUGAAUACGAAAUCGUCGUGUUCGCGUGAUGUCGAGACAUCUAUUUUCCGCUUUUUAAUCUGUUUGGUUCCGCGCGAAUGGUCGCGCAGCGGAUGUAUUUUUAAGUUUCGUCAUUCAUUCACUGCUCCCGCGUUCCGGGGCCAAUUAUCGAAACCAUCGGAACACACACGUUCGACGAAUGAGAAGCUUAAGCCGACUGCUUCCUGCUGCGAGAGAAUCAAUUUUCUUUUUUUCUUUAGUUCUAGUCGUAGAAUCACGGCGCGACGCGUGUAGAAGCGUCGCGUUGCGCAUCGAGUGUUUCGCUGGAAACGCCGUUUUCCCUCGGCACAUCGGAAUUGUAUAGAUCAUACGCAAUACUCAUUUUCUUAAGUUCGUUCUACAAUUAGAGAGUAAGCACGUUUGAUUUACUCGCUUUAAGGUUCGCGUCUUGCACUUGUAUUAUAGUUAUACCGUGUCGGCGAUACGACCGUCGAUGUAAUGACGCGAUCGAGAGGAAUACAAUAAGGUGUCCGGGUCGUGUGGAAACGAGAAGGUCAUGGGGUCCGUGACCCGGUGGCUAUAGUAACCACGUUGAAUCUCGAUAUUCCACGGCUAUAUCGACGAGAAAGGCUGUAAACGCGUCGAGAAAGAGACGUACGGCGAUAUACGAUCCGUCCGAAUCUUAUUGUAUCCUCGAGAACACAUCAUUUGCGCCGCUUAAAGGGACAGCUUUUAUUUCUAUUAUCCUUCGUUGCGCGUAACGAGUCACGGAAAGUGAAGAAAAUAUAGGUUGUCGGGAGACGUUCAAGUUUCUUCAGCGUCGAAUGUUUUAUAUUUCCUCCAACGGAAGUUACAACUUCGUUCGAAAAAGAUUGGAAUAAUAAUACAUUAUCAGAUUAUAUAAUACUAUCAUUACAUGUUAACUUUGUACGUCCUCGUUAAUAUUGAAACACAUUAUAUCUAUGGGUAAAUGUAAAAAAUGAAAACAA